CUUUUUAAGUGUUUGACCUUAUUCUACUUGGGCAUGUGGUUUUUUAUCUUGAUCAAAAAUCGAAGUAUCUUUUAACCUCGUUGAUCCAAAUGCCCUAAUUUUACGCCGCCCGCUUAGAUAUUACUUAUUAUCAUUUCCUGGUUAUCAAGACUACAUAAGGAAGUGCUCCACUCGAUUCAGAUGAAAGUAAUUGUUGGCUCACAGUGACGGAACAACGUCGUAGAUAACUAGAACAAUGGAGCUACUGAUCACCACCCUGGCAAUAGUUUUCUUGGCAUCCUCGAAUGUUCAGACCUGGCCUAUCGACGAUAACUACAAUAACAACAUAACGAUACACUCAUUUGAUAUGACGAUUGGCAGGAAUUACAUCGUCUCCGACUCUGUAACUCGGUUAAACCUAGAAAAUUACGGUAUUGUUUACAUCGAAGAAGGAGCUUUCGACAAGGUUCCAAAUUUACAACACUUGAUCCUCCAAGGAAACAAGAUACCUUUGGCGGAUUUGUUCUCUUUCGGCCAGCACUCGACGAUCAGUUAUCUCGUUCUCAGCGAUCAAGUUAACGAUCACUCGGACAAUAGUACGAUACUGGUAAACAACGCGUAUCCCAGUCUUCAAAUAUUGGAUUUAGGAAACACCAGCUCUACGCGCAUACAAAGUGAACUGCGAAAUCCGUUUCCAGCAUUGAAGUACCUCGAUCUUUCGAAUAAUAGAAUCGACGACGUCGACUUCAUCGGUGAACACAUAUCAGAAACAUUACUAUAUCUUUACCUAAAUGGGAACGAGCUCGAACGAGUUGCAUUGAACAAAUUUACCAAUUUAUCUAUGUUAGAUUUGGAGGGUAACGAGAUCGGGACGAUAGGUGAUAACGAUGGCCUAGACCUGACAGGUUUGAAGGGUUUAGUUUAUCUCUCCGUAGCCAAUAACAAAAUUGUUUCCAUACGUAACUAUGCAUUCAGAGACACGGUGCGACUUGAGAACUUGGACAUGUCCAUGAACUCUUUAUCGAGUCGCGACGUCGCGGGAAUCGAGAGUUUGAAUUCUCUACGCGUUUUAACGUUGGAUUGUAAUUUGUUCGAUGACGUUCCAGCGAUACCCGUAAAUGUAAUUUCGCUGUCGAUGAAUUACAACAGGAUCAAAUUUUUAAAGGCGGGCGAGUUUUCGAAAUUGUCAAACUUAAGAACACUGUCUCUGGGUUGGAACAUGAUCUCGGAGAUCAAUUCUAACGCGUUCGGGGCGCAAGAGAUAGAAGACCUGCGUCUAAACGACAACGAGUUGAGCCACCUCCCGUAUGGUUGGCACAGUUCUUUGAGACAGCUUCGGUAUUUGGACUUGUCGGGGAACAAAUUUACAUUGCUAGAAUCGGCUGUCUCUACAUCUGCCGCCAUGCUGGAAACCGUUUACUUUGAACGGAAUCCUCUCAAGUACGUGAAUUCGAAUGUGUUUGAAAGAAUUUUUACGAAUGCGACGGUCUUUUUAACAGCUGAACGCUCUCCUCCGUUAUGUAAAUGUUAUCGAUAAGUGGACAAUCGAAAAUUCAGAAGAAACAAUAAAUAAUAAAAUUAAAUUUCUACAUAAGUUGAACCAUUGUUAAUAGAUGAGUGAUUUUAAAAAAAAGUUUCAGUUGCACUACCAAGGGAUGUAUGUAAUUCGAACUCAUUUUGAGAUCACUCAGCUAUUAACAAUGGUUUUACUUAAAAAUACUUAGAAAUUGUACUCUAGGAUUAAUUUGAUCGAUAAAUUAAUUAACUCCCCUCUCUGUAAUUGUAGUAAUAUAGUUGUAUGUAUGAUAGAUGUACGUUAAUCUAUGUCAGUUUAUUGUUAAACCAAUGUAUAAAGAGUUAAAGGGAUUUUAGAUUUACUACAAACGAAUUAGUAGCGACAUGUCUCUAAUAUUAAUAGAAUAAAUUAAAAUAAAGGCUACCAAUUGCCAAGAAUAUGAAUGGACAAUUUCUUUCUGUUAAAUUAGACAUAAAAUAAAUGUAAACUGAGGAAU